AUGAAAGACAGUGAGGAGGUCAUACAUGAGAACAGUGUUGAAACGCUUAUGAAAGACAGUGAGGAGGUCGUUCAUGAGAACAGUGUUGAAACGCUUAUGAAAGACAGUGAGGAGGUCGUUCAUGAGAACAGUGUUGAAACGCUUAUGAAAGACAGUAAGGAGGUCAUACAUGAGAACAGUGUUGAAACGCUUAUGAAAGACAGUGAGGAGGUCAUACAUGAGAACAGUGUUGAAACGCUUAUGAAAGACAGUAAGGAGGUCAUACAUGAGAACAGUGAUGAAACGCUUAUGAAAGACAGUGAGGAGGUCGUUCAUGAGAACAGUGUUGAAAUAGUUCAUGAUGUCGUUCGUGAAGAAGCCAUUGCAACAAAGAAUGAGAUAAAGGAUUUCAUAGAACUUAACAAGGAGGAGUUUAAAGAAGGCUAUGAAGUGAAAAGAUGUGAAGAAGAUUUCUUGGCGUAUUUGAAGAAAAAGAGACUAAAGCCAAUGGCUCAAAAUAAGUUUCAAUCGAUGUUUGAAAAGAAACGUUUGAGCUAUGGUGGUGUAAGAAGCACAUAUUACUUUGUUAAGAAGUGA